UUGGACCCAUGUCCGAACCGUCCCCUGAACUCGGUGUUUGAUCCAGCGCUGGCUUCGGAACCGAGAGUUCUUGGAGAAAAAGUAGAAAUGUGUUUUGUUCUGAUUAUUAGCUACAGCCUGGUGGCGUCGAACCUCGGAAUUAAGGCGUUUGGACUUGACCAGAACCGAGCUUUUAUUCGGGGCGGGUCCGGGAAGAGAUGCGUGGUGUGGACCUGGUCCGGGCGUACGACCGGGUUCUGGAGCAGCAGAUCCUGGGUCGGGGGUCGUGCCGGGCUUGUCAGGACGAGGCAUUGAGGUCAGAGGUCGAGGGUCUCCUGGCAACCUCCGACCCCCGGGAGCUGCACGGCCUGGGCCUGGAGCCGCUGCGGCUGAUGGAGGAGGUUCUGGAGGCCGGGCGCGGCCCGGGUCUGCGCGGGCUGGCCCGGACCUUCGAGGUUCUGGAGCAGGCGGCGCUGAACCUGUACCUGGGCCCCUGGAGGGAGGAGUACCGGGUGAUCAAGAUGUACUCCGGUACCUUCACCCACUGUGUCGCUCCGGUACUUUCGGCGCCGCAGACCGAGGAAGUGUUCGGCCUGCUGGGGUACCGGCCCGGCCCGGCCCAGACCCGGUUGCUGCGCCUGCAGCCGGCUGGCAGCCCGGCGGCUCCACGGGACCUGCUGCGCCUGGCCUGCGCAUUCUUCCUGGCCCGCUGCGAGUGUCGCCUCCUGCUGGGCGCCCUGGGGAAGCAUGGCGGCGCCCGCUGGGAGCUCGGUGUAGUGCGGGAGCGGCGGCAAGGCCAGCGACUGCAGGUUGCCGUUGACAACGCUGAGCGGCUGCUGUCCGUCCCGGAGGACGCAGAGGGAGAGUUGGACCUGUACCGGGACGACAGCGCAGCGCCCCCUGGUGGCCAGGGCUGCAGCAACGGGCCGGUGGCGGCGCCCCGCAGCAGGAGGUUUGGUCCGGUCGUACCCAUGCCGUUGGAGGCAGACAGAGGGCGACCCCAUGACCUCUGUGGCUGUCUCCGUGCGCCUCCGCUCCAUCUCCAGCGCUGCCUGGACUGCGGUGUCCUCCAUGACAUCACUUGCAUCCACUUGACCGACUGCAACCUGCAGCGCCACCAGGUGGAGCCGGCGAGCAGUUCAGAGAUUGGGCCAGUGUCAAGGGAGGAGCGUCCCGGAGACGCCGUCCCCGAGGACACGGCCGCCUCUCAGCCAAUCAGCUACCACUGCGAGGCGGCCAGCGCCAACCCCCACCUGCUGUGCCUCACCUGCAGAGCCGUCCACGGCGCCGCCUGCGUGGAGGGCGGGCUGUGCCGCUCGGCCCACCAGACCCGCCGCCUGGGGACGUGUUCCUGCGGGAAGUCCUGCUGCGGGACGCCGCGCGUCCUGUGCCUCUACUGCGGCGACGAGUUCUGCAGAGACUGCUGGUACAAGAAUCCGCUGACCUGCGUCUGCGGACGCAGCUUCCACCUGUCCACCGACCUGUCCACCUCUGUCUGAGGACUUCCUGCUUUUUCAGCUCAAUGAGCCGAACCUCAGUGCCUGAGAAUGUUGCAAGUCCACCUGGCUGCAGCAAACAGGAAGACUGACCUUAUUUGGAAAUGGGAUCAUUGCACUCCAGAAGUGAAGGGGGCGCUAUUUUUCAUAUUAUCUGCAACCUCCCGUUUUUAUAUUCUAUUGAAAACUCCACCUUUACAAAGGAUUUUCACUCAGCAUCUAUUUGAACUUCUUCU